AUGACCGGAGAGACAUCUACAGAUCCGGCUACAGAGGGUCUCCGUCAUAGGAAUGCGCCCAUCAAGACAAAAUCGGAGCAAGAGGCGAGGCAGACUGUCUUGGACUUGAACGCUCGCGAGGAGAAAUCCUCCAAAGCCGAAAAAGACAGGAAGACCUUCGGUCGAACUCCAGAUGGCACCGUUUUUACUGUACCACAGACACAUGAUAUGGUGUCGCAGCUUCUAUCGCCCUCGGAGCGCAAAAAUGUGUCGGACCUUGUUGUCCUUGCAAUUUUGGCCUUGCACAUUUUGCUGGCAUGGAUUCUGCCGUCUCCUUACAAGAGACCAACCCUCGCUGCCAUAUUCUUAUUCUGGAGAGCCGCUUACAAUAUAGGUAUUGGCUAUCUCCUCCACAUGCAAUCCCAUCACAAGACGCUCGUCCGGUGGGCCCGCAAGUCGAAGCUGUUCCCUGUUGCCUCUAAUGGCGAGAAUCCUCAUCCCAGACUACGCGCCUUUAUCAAACGCGAACUGGAAACGAAAAUCCCCGAGGACUAUGACUUUGACACAGCACCCCCCGAGUACAACACCUGGUUGGUCUUUCGCCGUGUUGUCGAUCUGAUCCUCAUGUGUGACUUUGUCUCCUACAUGCUCUUUGCCAUGGCUUGCGGUCAUAGACCUGUCGGAGAGUCUGUGUUCAUGACCACCUUUCGCUGGUCCACGGGUCUCGCCUUGUUUGCAUUCAAUCUCUGGGUGAAGCUGGACGCUCACCGCGUGGUCAAAGAUUUCGCCUGGUAUUGGGGUGACUUUUUCUUCUUAAUCGAUCAAGAAUUGACCUUUGACGGCGUCUUCGAGAUGGCCCCGCAUCCCAUGUACUCGAUAGGUUAUGUUGGCUACUAUGGCAUUUCCCUCAUGGCUGCUAGCUACAAAGUUCUCUUCAUCUCCAUCCUCGCACACGCUGCUCAAUUUGCGUUUCUUAUCGCGGUCGAGAGUCCUCAUAUUGAACGCACAUACAACUCACCGCCUCCCCGAAAAUCGAUGAUCGGAACUCAAGUCGGCAUAUCGAGACCUGAACUAUCUUCAACAGCAGAGACGUGGCCAGCCCUUUCCCACAAGCAACCACCCCAAACGCACAACCUUCUGGGCAUUCGCAAUGUCGAUUUCUACCGGACCACGGAUCUGGCCGUCCUUAUCGUCCAACUCUAUAUCUUUGCUCUGACUAUGCUGACGCCGAAUACCCCACUGAUCCAGACCUAUUUUGUGCUCAAUGCUGCCAUCUGGCGUCUCUGGUACUCGGCUGGACUGGGCUAUCUGCUUAAUAGGCAAUCCACGAAGAAGAAAUGGACUAGACACUUUUUGAAAUAUGGUGAGAGUACUUGGGAGGCCUGGAGACAAUGGAAAGGCAUCUAUCACCUCAGCAUGUUCACCUGUUAUGCAUCAUUCGCGGCUGCUGCUUGGAAGAUGUAUUCCCUGCCCGCCAACUGGGACUAUGGCCUCGUCUUGCUGAAACAUGUCAUCGGCGUAGGCCUAAUUUGCCUCCAAUUCUGGGUAUCUUUCAGCAUCUACGACCAACUAGGAGAGUUUGGGUGGUUCUUUGGCGACUUUUUCUUUGACCAGAAUCCGAAAUUGACAUAUGGCGGCAUUUACCGCUUCCUCAACAAUCCAGAGCGUGUUCUCGGUCUCGCCGGUGUCUGGGGCGUUGCACUUAUCACCAGCAGCAAAGCAAUUUUUUGCCUGGCUCUUCUGAGUCACACACUGAGUCUGGCAUUCAUUCAGUUUGUGGAGCGGCCGCAUAUGCAGAAGCUCUAUGGCAGAAGCCUUCGACAAGACGCCGGACUGGUCAGAAGUCUGAGGAGGUCGUUACCGCCGCCUCUGAGACAGUGGCAAGAUGGUAUGGACAGGGUAUUAACUGAAGCUGCUGAUGUUCUGGAAGAAUUCUUCGAUGCAGCCAAGCCAAAACUGGCAGCCGGCGUGACCGGCAUUGUCGAAGACACCAAGAAACUUAUUCCCAAAUACCCGGCGAGCAUUGCCGUUACCAAGGUCGAUCCUGAAAUUGCUGGACUAGACCCGAGAGAAUACAGACUAGACAUCGAAGGCACCCCAGCGUCAUCUCUUGCAGACUCUCAACGGUUCAGUGACAAAGAGGCAGAACAGGCCAGGACUCCAGCAGUGCGAACCAGCGACUUUAAACCUCUUCUAUUCGAAUAUGGCGCGCCAAUCAAGGUCAAAUGGACUGCGCCUCUCAAUCAUGGAAAGAAAGAUUGGGUUGGCUUGUAUAUGGUGUCGGAUAACAGCUCUAGAGAGGUCACUCGAGUCGCAUCGGCUGGUAGAUGGAUCGCCACGAAUCCGGGAGAAUAUGACAUAAUCGAGUCAGACGCAGGAAUCGUGUCUAGCGACAUCAAAACCACCAUCACGUUGGAGGACGGCACAGAGAAGGAAUGCUACACAGGGGAGAUGGUCUUUUCCGGUGAUAAGCUUUGGUGGACCCAGGGCGUCUUCGAGUUUCGGUACCACCACAAUGGCAAGCACAACGUCAUGGCAAUUUCGCUACCUUUCGAGGUGCGAAUCCCACGUUUCAGUGAUGAGGAACUUGGAGAUUUAGAUUCCAACAUCCCAUCUUCGAGCCCACAGACCGAUGCGUUGAUCCGGAAGGCGAUCGAGAAGAGUCUCCUCCCGGUUGUGCAGAACUGCUUCGACCGUGACCCGGAAAUUGCGCCACAAACAGCGUCAGAACCCUUUGGGAGUCUGGUCGAUCGCAAUGGAAAAUACGCCAAACGGGUGGUAUACGCCAUUCAUCAAAUGUUUGGCAUCGAGUUUGCGCCGGAGGUGGUCAAGGCAGAUGGCAAGGUGGAGAAUCUGGCCUGGCGCAUCUGGGAGGCAAAGAAAGUUCUGGCUCCUUUCAGCAUGUCAAAGUCUCGAGGUACGAGCACGCCGUCAGAAGGGUCAUAG